AUGUAAUCAAGCAAACUAUUUACUUAGGAUAAUCAUUAAGAAAAAUCUCCAAUUGAAUAAAAAGAGGAACAGGUUAAUAAUUACGAUUAAAACUAUAAUCAAGAGCAGGAACCACAUUCUAAUGAUCUUAAACCCCUUGAAUCUGAAAAAUAACCCAUCUAAGUGGUUCCUGAUGUUGAAGAAGGGUUUUUCAAUCGAAUUAAAGGAUGCUCUUGCAGGAGACAGGCUGAUGAAAAAACAGAAGAAAACAAUGAUGGAUGCAUUACGAAGUUAGAUAAAUUCAUUUAGAAAUACUUCACUCCUACAUAUUUGCUUCUAGUAUACUAUUCUGUCUUUUCCACAGCAUUGCUUUUCUCACUUAAAUUGAUCAUUUAAGAUUAAGAUCUGUAUCAUGCUGAAAUUUUAGGGGGCUUGUUUCUAUUCGUUCAAGUUUUGAAAGGAUUGCUCAUCUAUUUUCUGAACGAUGAAUGGCUUGAUGAAUUGCCUUAUUUGGAUAGUACCUUUGAGAAUGGCUGGAGAUUAUUUAAGAUAACAUUCUUUGUUAUAACUAAUUUAGAUAUUUGUUAUUGGAUCUAUUACAUCUAUGCUUAAAAUAAAAAGGAUGGCACAAUUGAACACAUGAUGACACUGUGUAGAAUGGUAGAUGCAUUCUUCUUCAAUUUCCCUCUUAUGAUAGUGUUUUUCUAUCUUUAAUUGCAAGACUUACAAACCAUUCAAAUACCUUAUCUAGUUAUUGCAGGACUCAAUUUGCUCCAAAUAGUUAAUGGAUUCAUGCACUUAAACUUUUUUGCUGGAAGUUCCUUCUUAAGCAUCAGAUGGAGCAUUUAACUCAUUUGUGAAUUAUAUGUUAAACUCCUCUUAGUUGAGUCAGUGUACAUUUAGUUGGCAGAAUUCAAUAUUCAAUUUGAGUACUUCGGGUUAUUCUGUUUGUGUGGCCUAAUUCAAUUUUACUUAUUCUCUGAAGAUCAAGAUAUAAUUGGAUAAGUAUUGUCCAUAAUCUAUUUUCCCAAUUGA